AUGGAUUCAUGUGCAUUUUGCAAGAUUGCUGCCUCCCAUCCUCCGGUGCCCUUCAAUGACCCUGCAAUCAAUCCCACCUCCACAGAUCCCGACUUAAGACCCGUGUCCCAUCUAAUUCUCUCUACUGAGCAUGUUCUGGCCUUCUUGGACAUCAUGCCCCUCACUCGGGGGCAUGUGCUAGUCGCCCCGAGGCAGCAUUACCACACAGUAGGAGACAUGACCGUCCAGACCGGACAGGAGAUCGGCAAGUGGCUUCCGAUCCUUUCGAGGGUUGUCAUGAAGACCGUAUUUGGAGAUGAUCUCGACAGACAUUGGAAUGUGGUCCAGAACAACGGCGAAAGAGCAGCACAGGUUGUGCCUCAUGUCCACUUCCAUAUCAUCCCCCGUCCUGCCACUGGGGCGAAUCAGAGAACGAGCUUUGCCAUGUUCGGUCGUGGGCAGAGGGAGGAGCUCGAUGAUGAUGAGGCCGAGGUCUUGGCCCGAGAGAUCAGACUCCAGCUGAUCGAGGAAGUCAAGCGCAUCCAGAAGGAGGAAGGCGUGGACUUGGCCGGUCUGAAUGCCGAUCCAAAUCGAGGGAAGCUGUGA